AUGGGAGUUUGUGAAGACCCGGAAGACUUUAUCAGAGAAUUUCAGAGAUAUGUAGUAGGUAGUCGAAUAAAUGUUGCACCUGGCGCUGGUCAGGCUGCUGGAAGAGAAGAAGCAUACGGGUUAUUACUUUCAUGUCUUGAAGGUGAUGCAAAAAAAUGCGUUAGCUGCGGGAAAUGGGGUAGUCAGGUUGGUGGUUUAAACACUGCCGGUCAGCUUCGAGGUAAGGCCGCCACUGAAAUUGGCACAGUCAGAGCAGAUAUUGCAACUGGUGCAAACAUUAUUCCAAAUGGUACUUGGGAUGAAAACUGGUCUACCGUGGGUGGAGAACCUACAGAUACUGCACCAGUGGCACCAAAUGUAGGUGGUGGUUUUUCCGCUGUUACUAUUGCUCCCGGUGAUCAUAUUGAAAUUAUUUAUUCUGUGAAAUACAUCGAUGAUGAGAAAGUAAUUCCGCUUAUGGAUGACGUGUAUUUUCCACUACUUAAAACUCUUUCAUGUAAACUUUGGAGCGCAUAUGCUCAUAAUACUCCGUCUAUAUCCUAUAUAAGUGGAGAAAUGGUUAAUGGAAAGCCAGCCUUCAUUGCUUAUGUUAACGUGCCCAAGGGCACGCCAGUUGACUUCCCUGCAGAGUUUGGGGAUAUCCUACUGACCAAAGGAAGAAUAAAUACAAUAAAGAGGGACGCAUCCCAUUAUACAGAUGAUAGAUUGUCUUCACAAGAGCCAUCAAUAGAACAAAAUCAUGUGACCGAAAUUUCUGGGACGCCUUGUCUCAGAAAAUCUAGUAUUGAUGAUGCACUUGAAACUAGUGACAACCUCAUUUACGCUUCAAUAGUAGGAGUUAUGUUGGUCGGAGGUUGCGAUGUCACAGGUGUCUUAGGUGUCUUAAGUGUCUUAGAUGACUUAGCCAUUGGAUAUGACAGUGGAGAAAUUGUCUUAUAUCAAUUCUUACGGGAUACAUACUCAGAUGGUAUUGACGAACCCUUCACUACAUUCUAUGAAAACUAUCUAAGUCAUGUAAGUAAUCCGAUGACUAAGAAUUUUGCUUCUCGAGCCUUAGAAGCUAUCGGGUUAAAAGCUAGGAUGCUAAGGAUUGACUUUGAGGGCUGUAAAAAAAGUGCCAUGAUUCUUAGGGCUUUGGCAGAUGAACUUCGUCAACUAUUUUCACUUCUUCCUUCGGUCCUCCAGUCGAUCCCUCUAUAA